AUGUUCACCAGGAUCUUCAUCCCCAAGAAGCACCGGCAGCGGUUUGACGAGGCCGUUUCCCAGAGCCUGAUCCAGAGGAUCUGUCGCAGUAAGAGCAUCAGCGAGCCGGGCCCACAGGGCCGUCUGAGACGUAGCCGCAGCGAGGACCACCCCGACCGCCACUACGGCUCCAAACGGGCCAGCUCAGUACCCCGGGACCCCGGGGAGGACGGAGGGGGAAAGGAGAGAGGAGAGAGGGGGUACAGGAAGUCUAUGUCGGGCAUACCUGUGCAUCAAUCAGGAGCCAAUCAGAGGACAGUAAGGGUUUACAGAGGGAAGAAGAGUUUUGGGUUCACCCUGAGGGGGCAUGCCCCUGUCUGUAUCGACUCUGUCAUCCCAGGUAACCCUGCUGAAGACUGUGGUCUCAAACCAGGCGACCGUAUCCUUUUCCUCAAUGGGCUGGACAUGAGGAACUGUUCCCAUGAGAAGGUGGUGUCCAUGCUGCAGGGCAGUGGUGCCAUGCCAACCCUGGUGGUGGAAAGCGGCCCCUCUGGUUACUCCCUCCCUGACCAGGGGGACCAGGAGGACACUUCCCCAAGCGUGGCCCCUUCAGUGGCCCCAAGGUCCCGCUCCCCGGUCCCCCUCAGCUCCCUACAGUGGGUGGCUGAGAUCCUCCCCCCCAGCAUCAGGGUCCACGGACGUACCUUUAGCCAGCAGCUGGAUCACCUGCUCACCGUACAGGAGAGAUACACCAUUUGCAAGGCCCUGGAGACCUUCUUCCAACACAGGAACGUGGACACCCUGAUUGUUGAUGUGUUCCCGGUGUUGGACACUCCAGCCAAGCAGGUGAUCUGGCAGUUCAUCUACCAGCUGCUGACCUACGAGGAGCAGGAACACUGUCAGAGCAAGAUCUCACGCUUCCUGGGCUUCAAGACCGCAGGGAACCGUAAAUCAGGUCUGUCUCUGACAUGGAAGGAACCUCUGCCCGACCCUCUGUAUGAGUUCUAUCAUGAGGGAACCACCCCGUCUCCUGGCAGCGUUGACUCCAACCCUUACGUGAGCCUGGAGAGCCCCCCUCCAUCUCCCCAGCACUCUGACGACCCCACCAGCCCCCUGUCCAGACGCAGGAAGCUCUUCACCUUCUCCAGACCCCCCCGGAGCAGGGACACGGACAAGUUCCUGGACGCUCUGAGCGAACAGCUGGGACACCGUGUCACUCUGGUGGAUAACUUCCUCCCUGGAGAGAACGAUUAUGAGGAGAUGAGUUUCCAGGAUGAGCAGGAAGUGAGCUACCUCCCCCGUCAGCUGAGCAGUGCCAGCAGUGAGGACAUCAGCAGCAACGAUGACGCCACCUCCCUCACCUACUCCUCCGGGUCAGAACACAUCCCCAUCCCCCCGCCCCCCCAGAGCGCCCCACCGCCCCGCCCUUCCCCACCCCCCCUACCCCCGCCACCCUUCGGCUUCUCCGACCCCCUCCCCAUUACCUCGGUCCUCUCUCACUUUUCCCCCGAACACAUCCCCCGGGCGCGCAUGUCCUUCCAGCCGCAGCACCCAAUCAUCCCCCCUCCCCCGCCCCCUCCACGGACCUUCACGUACAACAGGCCGACCCUACACAAGGUGCUGCCGACCAGGGAUGAACUACAGGGCCGUUUCCACCACCAAGCACCCCAGAUGACUCUCCCCCUGGCCCCUUGCUACUCUCCCCAGCCCUCUCGCCCCAGGAACCUGCCCCGCCAGGCCAGCCAGCCUCAGCCACUGACCCAGCCCAUCCUGUGUCCCCAGCCCUCCCCUCACCUGCCCCCCCAGCCCCCACACCUGUCCCAGCCCCAGAGUCACCCUCCCCAGCCUCUUCACCUGUCCCAGCCCCAGAGUCACCCCCCCCAGGCCCCUCACCUGUCCCAGCCCCAGAGUCACCCCCCCCAGGCCCCUCACCUGUCCCAGCCCCAGAGUCACCUUCCCCAGCCCCCUCACUCAAAGACCUACGAGACCCCUAUCUCAGUGUCAGAGCUCCAGAAACACAAGGUGCCCCCACCACCCCCUCCACCACUGCCGCCCCCGUGCGACCCGCCUCCACUGCCCAAUUCCAGUCCCUGUGCUGGGGACACCAACCACAUGAGUGUCAAGAGGCUACGCUGGGAGCAGCUUGGAGAGGACCCUGACUAUGACAAACUGAGUGACAUGGUGAAGUACCUCGAUCUAGAGCUGCACUUUGGUACCCAACAGAGUUCCAAGCCAGCCUUCCUGCCCGAGAGCUUCAAAAAGAAAGACGUGGUGGAGAUUCUGUCUUAUAAGAAGGCCUACAACGCCUCCAUCCUGAUCGCCCACCUGAAGCUGUCUCCAGGUGAGCUGCGUAAGGUGCUGAUGACAAUGACCACAGACAGGCUAGAGCCGGCCCACAUCAAGCAGCUGCUGCUCUACGCCCCCGAUGACCAGGAGGUCAAACAGUAUCAACGCUUCGACCAGGACUCCGCCAAACUCAGCGACCCUGACCAGUUUGUCCUGCAGAUGCUGAUGGUCCCUGAGUAUAAGACUCGUCUGCGGAGCCUCCAUUUUAAGACGACCCUGCAGGAGAAGACAGAGGAGAUGAAGGCUGGAUACGAAUGUAUCUACAAGGCCUCAGUGGAACUCAGGAGCAGCAAGAAACUGGCCAAGAUCCUCGAGUUUGUGCUGGCAAUGGGGAAUUACCUGAAUAAUGGUCAACCCAAGACAAACAAAACCACUGGCUUUAAGAUCAACUUUCUCACUGAGCUCAGCACCACUAAAACAGUGGAUGGUAAAUCCACCUUCCUCCACAUUCUUGCCAAAUCGCUAUGCCAACACUUCCCAGAACUGCUGAACUUUGCCAGGGACCUCGCAACCGUACCACUUGCAGCCAAAGUGAAUCAGCGAAUCCUGACAGCUGAGCUGGGUGACCUCCACUCCACCAUCCAGGACAUCAGGACAGCGUGUCAGAUGAUCCCUGCCACGGCUGAGGACCACUUCGCUGCCGUCAUGAGUGGCUUCCUGGAGAACAGUCACCCAGCGGUUCAGUCUCUGGACUCUCUGCAGCUGAGAGCCAUGGAUGAGUUCACUAAGGUGGCCUCUUACUUCGGAGAGGACAGCAAAGCCACCUCCACUGAGGCCUUCUUCGCCAUUUUCGCUGAGUUUACUUCCAAGUUUGAGAGAGCACUGAAUGAGACCCAGGCUACAGAGAACCCCUGUAUCCCCAGAGUGGCCUCUCCCCUGGCCUGGUAGAGACGAGAGACUGGAUAACUCCUCUGCUCUCCUCAACCAAAGUGCCAAGACAACACGAAGAAACAGUCACAGCUACUGGGACACAAACAACAUGAUCUUCAACACUGCGGAAUGACCUAUG